AUGGACACUCGCAGUAGAUCUCAGGCACCACCCACAGCUUUGAGUGCUCAGGUUUGUCCCUCAGAUCCUACUUGUUACACUCAGGCAGUAAAAUAUUUAGAGUGGCGUGAGGAUAUGGACCAGGAAUUCAAUGCUCUUCUACAAAAUCAAACAUGGUGUCUUAUACCCUCUCGGGCAUAUAUGAAUGUUAUCGGAUGCAAGUGGGUCUUCCGCAGAAAACGAAAGGCAAAUGGUUCUAUUGAGAGACACAAGGCAAUAUUAGUAGCAAAAGGAUUCAACCAGGUGCCUGGACAUGAUUUCUUUGAUACGUUCAACCCUAUGGUAAAACCCACUACUGUCAGGUUACUUCUUUCAUUGGCUUUAUCUUCUGGUUGGGUUAUCAGUGAUCAGGAUCUUGUGACUCAUUUGAUAAAAGAGUUAUCUACUACAUUUAAGAUUAGGGAUCUUGGUGAACCUGAUUUAUUUCUUGGGAUUGAAACAAUUAAAUGUGAUGAUGGUAUUUUACUUUCGCAACAAAGAUAUAUGAAUGAUAUUUUGAAACGUGUUGGAAUGGCAAAAUGUAAGGCAUUGUCUACUCCUAUCUCUGUUUUGAAAUAUAUACCCUUUAGUGCAGAUUUAUAUGAGGAUCCUACACAGUACAGAAGUCUGGUAGGAGCACUACAUUAUCUAACUAUCACGCGCCCAGAUCUAUCAUUCAUAGUCAAUCAAUUGUGUCAACACAUGCAUGCUCCUACAGUAUCACAUUGGGAACACCUAAAGGGAAUCUUGAGGUAUGUAAAGGGAACAAUUGAUUUUGGUUUACGUAUGAAAAAGUCAACAUCAAGAGAACUCCAUGCGUUUUCUGAUUCUGACUGGGCUGGAUGCCCUGAGGACCAUAAGUCCACGAGUGGUUUUGCUGUGUUUCUUGGACCCAACCUUAUCUCUUGGGUCUGUAAGAAACAAAGAACUAUUGUUAAAUUUUCUACUGGGGCCGAAUACAAAGCUCUAGCAGAUGUCUGUGCCGAAGUUAUGUGGAAAGUCUCCUUGCUGCGUGAGAUUAAAGUGUCAGGUAUAUCUGUUCCAAAAUUAUGGUGUGACAAUCUUGGUGCUAUCUAUAUGUGUGCAAAUCACAUCUUCCAUGCUCAUACCAAGCACGUGGAAAUUGAUUAUCACUUCGUUCGAGAUAAAGUUGCUUCUUGA